AUGAGCAGCAUGGCGGCCCAAGAUACCAAGGAGAGCAAAAGCAAACGAGCUCAAGACUUAGCUCGACGUUGGUUAACCAAAGGAGGUAUAUUCCACGAGGACUCUGAUGAUGAAUUGGGGUCUGAGGAUAUUCCGUGGGAGUGGAUUUAUGAAGAACCGCAAGAUUCCCCCGUUAAGCCCUCUCGGGGUAAGAAAUCAGGCCCUAAAAUUAUAGGGGCGCGGAUGGGCUCAUUCGAAUGCCGAGUCGGACACAUCGUCCUUCUAAAAUCUCCCGAAGCCGGAAAGGACUGGGCUGGGAUAAUAUACGAAUUCCUCGAUGACCGUGACCCGGAAACCGAUGAAAUGGUCAAGUCUAUGAAUCUAAUGUGGUUUACCUCUCCCGAUGAAUUUUUGUCCACGAAGAACAAGAAGAGGGCCGAUGCUCUGCCCAACGAGCAAUAUAUAACGACCGACUUCAAUGUCAAUACCCUUAUGUCUAUAAAUGGACGUGCAACAGUGAUGUCCAAAGAUGCAUUCUACAAAAAAUACCCGGAUGGCAAAGCCCCAAAGGGAAAGGCUGCCGCUGCAGAAUUCAAUAAAUGCAUCAUUUGCCGAAGGGGUGUCAAACAGUUGCAGGGGAGGUAUACAGAUGAAUUUAUAUGGGAAGAUGUCUUUACAGAAUCUGAAGAAGGGAUUUUCAACCUUGUUGAAUAUAUCAAGGAUGCUCUUGCCAGAGCCAGAAAACGAGCUCCGAAGGGAUCUAGUUCUGCGAAAGAGAAGCGUGACGACGCCGCUCCAUCGACGCCUAGAAAGCGCCAAAAAACCGAAUCAAUUGCUGGCACUCCACAGUCCCGGCAGCGGCAGAAAUACCUAACAACACCGACACACAAAAGGAUCAAAGUAAAAAGGCCACUCGAAUUUACACCCCUAUCAACUCGCACUCUUUCCCCUUCACAUUUCACGGCUUCUCCCUAUCGACAAGCCCGCAACCUCCUCCAUGUUUCCAGUGUCCCAACAUCUCUUCCAUGCCGUGAUACAGAGUUCAAUUCCGUUUACGAUAGUCUUCAUACCGCGAUUAGUGAAGGCACUGGAACCUGCAUUUACAUCUCAGGACCUCCUGGGACGGGAAAGACCGCAACUGUUCGAGACGUUAUCGCUCAUUUAAACACACGGGUACUGGAAGAGGAGAUGGACGACUUCAUCUUUGUGGAGAUUAAUGGUAUGAAGGUCACAGAUCCACAUCAAUCAUAUUCUAUGCUCUGGGAGGCACUAAAAGGUGACCGUAUCUCACCAUCGCAUGCGCUGGAUUUACUCUCUCGGGAAUUCUCUCGACCAUCCCCUCGCCGAGUUCCAUGCGUCGUUUUGAUGGAUGAACUGGAUCAACUAGUCACCAAGAAUCAGUCCGUCAUGUACAAUUUCUUUAAUUGGCCUGCACUCCGACAUUCUCGUCUCGUGGUUCUUGCUGUUGCCAAUACUAUGGAUCUCCCGGAACGAACUCUCAGCAAUAAGAUCUCUAGUCGGCUAGGUCUCACCAGAAUCACGUUUUCAGGUUACAAAUACCAAGAGCUCAUGGAAAUCAUUGGUUCACGUCUCGAGAAUGUUCCUGGAAACAUUGUUGACGCAGAUGCAGUGCAAUUUGCUAGUCGAAAGGUUGCAGCCGUUAGUGGCGAUGCCCGUCGAGCACUUGAUAUCUGCCGCCGAGCCGUGGAGAUAGCAGAGCAAAUCAGCGAGACUAAAGCAAGAGAAAAGCACGAUUCAUUCAUUGUUUCUGCUGUGAACAUGAAUGGUGAUGCUGACCUUGAGUCUUUACCACCGACACCCAGCAAGAGCGCAUCUCGGCGCAAAGCCGCAGCACUUUUGAAGUCUCCCCGAAAAGCGGACUCCCAAUGCCCUGAUGAUAUAGAGAAAGAUAUUCUCCCUCGAGUCACGAUUGCCACUAUUAAGCAGGCUAUCCAAGAAGCCACCUCCACUCCACUACAGCAGGCACUUCGCUGUCUCCCGCUCUCGUCCAAGGUACUCCUUGCAGGACUACUAGCAAGAAUUCGGCGAACUGGCAUUAACGAAUCUACCGUCGGUGACAUCCUUGACGAAGCAAAACGUAUAUCAGACGCCGCUACCAGUGUAUCUGCUUCUGCUAGUGCUAACCUAAAGGAGAAUUUGAUCUGUAAUUCACAGAUUCAAGGGAUGGGGUUUGCAACAGUUGACUUGAUAGAUGCAGGGUUUGUUGUGCUAGAAGGAGACCACGGGACCAAGUCAGCGGAUGGUAUGAGCCAUGCAUUGGGCAAGGCGAAUAGGAGUAGUAAAGUUCGGCUAAGAAUUGCAGCAGAAGAUGCAAGAGCAGCCUUUAGGGAUGACCCAGAAGGAAAUAUGUUGGGUUUAGGCUUUGAUACAUAG